UUUGAUUGGUGUGAUUUGAUGAUAAAACCGAAAAAUAAACAUUUUAAAUUUAUACGUGAAAAUAUGUCGUUAAAAUUAUUGUAAAAUCAAUAAUAUAUAGAAUUAAAUAAAGAAACGUAUGAAUAGUUAAGUUUAAAAACGUUUAAAAUAAAUAAAAGGGACACGCAACAACGUAAAGAGAAAACUUCAGAAAAGUAGCCUUAUGAGAAGGAGAAGAGAGGGGAAGAAAAAGUGCAAACCACCAACAGGAAGACCUUGAAAAAAACAAGAGCGAAACGUAAAUAGGUGUAGUGUAAUAGGAAUGGAGAUCUUAAAAAUUCUGAUCCAGCAGGAAUCUAGUUAAAGAAAUUUAUUAGAAAAAAAGAAAUACAACAUUUCUAAAUAAGAAAUGAAUACAAUGUCCACUGUUGGUGCCGCUAUAGCGGAGGGCGUGGCGGUGCCACAUAAUGGUCGGGAGGCCCGUAAUCUUGCUGAAAAACAUCGGCGAGAUAAGCUAAAUGCUAGCAUACAGGAAUUAGCCACGAUGGUGCCACACGUAGCGGACUCAGCGCGGAGAUUAGACAAAACAGCAGUAUUACGUUUCGCAGCACAUGGCUUAAGAUUACAGUAUGUGUUUGGGAAAUCGGGUGUAAAAAAAAUGCGUAGUGAGGAGAGCAUAUACGCAGAACCUCAUACUACCGAUACACUAAUGCAGUUAUUAAAUAGUUUUUUUAUAACCUUAACAUGUCACGGGCAAAUAGUACUUAUUUCUACGAGUGUGGAGCAGAUUUUAGGACACUGUCAGUCAGAUUUGUAUGGACAAAAUAUUUUGAAUAUAACACAUCAUGAGGAUCAGGCGAUAUUGCGUCAACAAUUAAUACCUCGCGAUAUGGAGUCAUUGUUUCGUAACAAUUACGAUAUGAACAGAAGCGUUGGAGAUGAAGAAUAUGAUGAAGCAUACGAUUCAGACGAACUGCACGAUGUGAAAAAUACGUAUUAUCACACGCCCAAUUCAAAAACACAGACAAACUUCGCUAAAAUAGAUCAAAAAUUACGCAGUGAUAAAAGAAGCUUUAUUGUACGUUUGGCGCGAGCGAGUACACGCUCGGAAGAAACGCGCUACGAAUUUGUAAAAAUUGAGGGAUGCUUUCGAAGAAGUGACUUUUCAACAUCAGCAGGCAACUUUCCAAUUGUUUCGCAGCUGAUAAGGAGAUCGCGUAAUAAUGGCGCGGCUAGCUGUGGUGGACCUAGUGUAUUACAACAUGAUGCGAUAGCGCAGGCAGCAUUACAUGGCAUCAGCGGUAAUGAUAUUGUGCUUGUGGCAAUAGCACGUUUAAUCAAACCACCUUCUGUUAGUAAUCGUCUCAUUGAGGGCAAUGUUUUGGAAUACCGAACACGACAUUUAAUAGAUGGUCGUAUAGUUGAUUGUGAUCAGCGAAUCGGUUUGGUAGCUGGUUAUAUGAAAGAAGAGGUGCGCAAUCUCAGUCCGUUUUCUUUUAUUCAUCAAGAUGAUGUACGAUGGGUUAUAGUUGCGUUACGUCAAAUGUACGAUGGCGUUGCAGAUUACGGAGAAAGCUGUUAUCGUCUGUUAUCACGUAAUGGGCAAUUUAUUUACCUGCAAACUCAAGGAUAUUUUGAAAUUGAUAAAACAACUAACAGAGUACAUUCGUUUGUUUGUAUUAAUACGCUAUUAGAUGAAGAUGUUGGACGCCGAAGAGUACAAGAAAUGAAAAGAAAAUUUUCAAUUUUUAUUCAAACCAAAAUGCCCAGUAAUUCAGUUGAAGAUGUGCCUGCCUCACAAAAUCCUCAGCAAUUAGAGCGUAUUGUGCUUUACCUUAUUGAGGACUUACAGAAACGACACGAAUUAAAUGGUAAACCGUUAAGUGCCACACCGGAACGAGUUUCAUGUACAAAUGAUAGAAAACGUGCUGUAAAAACUCCGCCAAUAGCUUUAGUUGCACCGGAAACAGAUUCAGUGAGAAGUUCCAUUACAAAAUCUGUGAAUAUUAUCAAUAUAACUGCUGCAAAAAAUUUAUAUAGAAAUCCAAGAAGUCCGGGAAGUCAAUAUAGUGAAGCAUCACUCUCUCCAGCAAGUAGUAAUGGACAUUUUGAGGAAUGUACAGAAAGCAAUAUUUUACCUACUAUCAGCACACAACGUCCAAGUGUACUUCAAAUGAAUUUAGUACCACAAGUGUCAUAA